UACGUACAUGAAGAAAAGCGAAAAAUAAUUUUUUAACUGUAGAACAUUGGAACGUGUUGGAAUAGGGCGAGAAAAUUAAAGUGGACUAACAAGGGACCAGUCAUACACAUGUGCAGAAUAAGGUACGAGACAAGAAGGUGUAUCACAUGAGAGGCAAAAUGGCCGACGAAGCGAAAAGCUUUCUUGGUCUACUGAACGGUUUGGUCCGAAGAACGUAUUAUGGAGAUGCAGAACUGAGCAAUGACUUCCUUCGAUCAGAGUUGUAUCCUGACCUAUCAGAAAAAGAUUUCAACGAUGUUUUGACUAGGUGUUUGAACAUCUUUAAGACCCUGGCUUCAGCUGAUAUGGAUUUCAACCAGUUGGAAGCUUAUCUGACAUCACAGACGAGGAAGAAGGAAGGAGGAAUUACUGAAGAACAAGCUAAAGUUAUAACCAAAUUUUGGAAGAGUCAUAAAAGCCGUGUUCACGAGACCAUAGUAACAAACUCAACCUGGGGAAAUACACUGAAAAAUUUCUCCUGGAGAAUAGACAUUAAAACUCAAGCCAAACACAUUGACCAAAUAAACACACCAACUGCCAUUGUGGAACUUCAGAUAGAGGAAAAUGCUUCCAAGACUAAGGGAACUGAAGUUGUUCGGUUUGAAAUGGAUGAAGAGAAGCUACGAAAAAUUUUGUCAAAUUUACAGGAGAUUGAAGAGGAAAUCAAACAGCAUUGCAAACAGGAGUCAUAGGCCAUAGACGUGUUGUUUUCUACAUCCAUCGCGGUGUAUGUAACCAUAGCAAUGGCUGUUAUGAUGAAUUUAGCUGCAGCAUGGGGCAAACGAGUCAGAACUAUACCAAAUGAUGCAUUCUACUAGCUCAAUAACUGUCACAUGCUCCAAAGCUAUGUACUCUUUGUGUUCUUUCUCCAGAACAUGACACUUUCUAUUAUGUGUGUGUGUUAAAUACAUUACAUGAACACAGGCCACAAGUAAUUUAUUGAUUUAUUGUAUUGGUGUUUUACGUCGUACUCAAGAGUAUUUCACUUAUAACACGACGGCCAGCAUUAUGGUGGGAGGGACUUAAACUUGCAGCGACCUCAUUGGUGAGAAGCUCCUGGGUCAUUGUGCCAUGCUGGCAUGCUAACCACCUCAGUGGCCCCAUUUCAAAGUAAUUAGAACCUCUUCUUUUAGCGAGUGAGAGUCUACCUUUGGCUGCACAUUUCUGGGGAAGGGUCACGCUUGUUAGCAUGAGUUACUUCCCCUUGGUCACUAUUCGUUUGUGCAACAUGAGAUGCUAUCUCCAGUGGAACUGGUGUCUUAAACUGCACAACAUUGAACUGAAUGACUGCAGUCGACACAUUGUAUUAUAUCCAGUUCAUUAAGUUUGUCAUUUGUUCAUUUGUAAGACAUCUGCCUGUAUUUAAAUGUUUAAAUGCACAGAUUUUCUGUAAAUAAAUGUACAUAGCGACUUCACCUGUAAAUGCAGUGUACAUGUGUAUAUAUGUAAUAAACAUCAUACAUCUGCAACAGUCUUCUGAGGUAAAUCUCUUCAAGCAUGUUCUCACAUUCCAGGGCUUUAUUGUCAUCAUU